CGCCCUUCCCGUGCGUCUUACACAAACAGCAGCAGCUCGAGAGAGUAAAUAGAGAAAAGAUGGCGGAGUUCAUUCAGCUCAACAAACCCACCGAACCGAAACCAGCGUCUCAGAACCGGGAGCACCACCAUCAUCCUCCGCCGGCCAAGAAGAUCCGACAUGAGGAGAAAAUAUUUAAAGCCAAGAAGAUGAACGGAGGCACUGAGGAACAGAAUUACAGCAGCAAACUGAAAAACAAGAAACCCAAAAUAGAGAAAGAAAGAGACCGAGAGAAAGAGAAAGGCAAAGAAAGAGAGAAAGAGAAGAAGAAACACAAACCGGCGGCUGAAAAUCACCUCAGUGUGAAGAAAGAGAACGGAGAGCUGAAGCUGUCGCAGAAAGAACACACCAUCAAAGACAAAGAGAAGCAGAGAGACAGAGACCGGGAGAAGAAGAGAGAGAGAGAGAAGGACCAGGAGAAAGAGAUGAAGGAGAAAAGAAAACAUAAGCUGAUGACGGAGAUGAAGAGAGAGAAUGGAGAGGUGAAGAUCCUGCAGAAAGGUGAGAGAGAGAAGCUGAAGAUCGACUCUGCUGAGGAUUUGCUGAUGAAAAAGGUCAAGAAGAAAAAGAAGAAGAAACACAAAGAAGGUGAAAAGCGAAAGCGGCCUAAGAUGUACAGCAAAUCUAUUCAGACGGUGUGUUCUGAUCUCCCCAAAUCUGGUUCAGAAUUCAAGCCGCCGGCUCCAGUCCAGCAGGGCGGCGCUGUGAGCUCCAUCAGCCUGAAGCAGGAGCACAGCAGUGGUCAGAGUGAGAGCGCAGCAGACGGAGACGGUGAGGUCCGAGCCACUAAACCGCCCGGGCUGGACCGGCUGGAGUUCGGCUGUCUGGUUCAUGUGGAGCACCAGCCAAACGGAGGCGCUCUGGUGGCUCACGCCUACAGCAAGGAGCUGUCUGUGCUGUCUCUCGUGGAGAUGCAGAGGUUCGCGCAGGAGUUUGUGACGCUGGCGUUUAGCGAGGACCAGGAUGGAGCCGCUAACUAUGUGAUGGGUAUAAUCCACGGCGCCGCCUCCUACCUCCCAGACUUCCUGGAGUACUUCUCUACUAAGUUCCCCAACUCGCCCGUCAAAAUGGAGAUCCUGGGGAAGAAGGACAUCGAGACGACUACGAUGGCAAACUUCCACGCUCAGGUGCGGAGGAGUUACUCUCACGGGACGUACCGCGCCGGCGCCAUGAGGCAGAUCAGUCUGGUGGGUGCCGUGGACGAGGAGGUGGGAGAUUACUUCCCAGAGUUCCUCAACAUGCUGGAGAAGUCGCCCUUCCUGGAGCGGACGCUGCCAUGGGGGACGUUCUCCAGUCUGAAGCUGAAGAGCCCGACAGAGAGUGACGAUGGGCCCAUCAUGUGGGUUCGGCCCGGAGAGCAGAUGAUCCCGGUCACAGACAUGCCGAAGUCUCCCUUCAAACGGAAACGGUCGACUAAUGAAAUCAAGAAUCUUCAGUAUCUGCCUCGAACAAGUGAGCCCCGUGAGAUGCUGUUUGAGGACCGGACCAGAGCUCAUGCUGACCACAUCGGUCAAGGGUUCGAACGCCAGACCACUGCUGCUGUGGGGGUCCUGAAAGCUGUCCGCUGCGGGGAAGGUGCUGAGCCUCCACGCAUAACCAAAGACGUGAUCUGUUUCCACGCAGCUGAUUUCCCUGACGUGGUGCAGCGGCUGCAGAUAGACCUGUAUGAGCCGCCUCUGUCUCAGUGUGUGCAGUGGGUGGAUGAUGCUAAGCUCAAUCAGCUGAGGCGAGAGGGAAUCCGCUACGCUCGUAUCCAGCUCUACGAUAACGACAUAUACUUCAUCCCUCGCAAUGUAGUUCACCAGUUCAAGAGCGUGUCGGCUGUGUGCAGCCUCGCCUGGCACGUGCGCUUGAAACAGUACCAUCAGCUGCCCGAGGAAGAGGAGGCUCGUGAGGAAGGAGCGGAGCUGAAGCAGCACAUCAAGCAGGAGUCGACAGGCGAGAACACCAAAGCUGCGAACACAGACUUCAGGCCAGCGCAAGAGUCGCCAUGUGUAACGCAAAUAAAGAUGGAGCGGGUGGAGCUACUCACUGACAGACCGCCCAAGCCUCCUCCUGGAAGUCACAGCUCGUCUCCACCUCUCGUCUCCACUGACGGACGACCCAAAGCACACCACACAUCAGAAUGUCCAAGUGCUUCGUCACAGACCUCCAGCGCUGCGGUCAACACAUCACGCAAUCUAACAGCCAGUCUGCACACACCCAAACACACACACACAUCAACACCAACCAAACACACACACACCUCCGCAUCCAGAUAUUUACAUUCUUCCUCUGUCCCCAAACCGGGCCACACACCCUCAACACCAACAAAACUUAGCUAUUCUGCCAACACAACCAAACUAACACAACCAGCUAACACAACCAAAAUUACCCAACUAACUAACAUGACCAAACCCACACAACCAGCCAACACAACCAAACACACACACUCCACAUUAAUAACCAAACCCACACAACCAGCCAACACAGCCAAACACACACACUCCACAUUAAUAACCAAACCCACACAACCAGCCAACACAACCAAACACACACACUCCACAUUAAUAACCAAACCCACACAACCAGCCAACACAGCCAAACACACACACUCCACACUAAUAACCAAACCGGGCCCCAAACUGAGCUCUGGACUAUCAAUCAGCUGGACUGCUCCGCCCCUUUCCACGCCCCCUCUGAGGCCGGACCACCCCCCAGACUCUGUGCACCCUAAGGCGGUCAGAGCUCAUCCGCAUGAACCACACAAAGACUUUUUAUACUGAUUUGUGCAGAACGGUUUUCAAACGGCGCUUCAUUUAAUCACAUUUAUUUCUACUGCCUACUGGAUUUUCCUUCUUCGUAAUCGAUCUGACAUCCAAUGACUUCUGUAAGACGGGACCAACAUCUGUCUCUCUUCUGUUACUGGUUGUCAACAUGGCAAAUGUAGCUCGUAACUCACUCCUCAGUGCCUGUCCGUAACUGUGAAAUAUCCAAGCACUUCGGCUCGGCUGCACUGAGAAAGUACUUCAAAUCCAAACAGGUCCUUGAAUAAUAUAUUUUCAGUUGUAGGCUUUAGUCGUAUUAGAGCUGACAUGGACAUAUAUAUUUUUUUGUAUGAUGACACAGAAUUCUUUUAAAAGAGUACUGGCUUUUCCAUAGAGCUUAUUUAUAUCAAGGGUUCCUUUGGUUCUGUUUGAUUUGUCAGCACUGUAGUGUACAUAACGAUUUUUCUAAAGGAAAUGUGUAGUGUGAUUUAUACUGAAAUCAGAACCUCCUAAUAAAAGGUUCCAUUUGUUGGAA